ACAUAUUUACUUGUCGGAUAAUUGCCUCCGUAUCUCUGCAAUUUCAAUCAAAUGAGGAUCAUUUGUCUGCUCACUGCCAUACGUACUUGCUGUUGUAUUUGUCGACUGGGAGUGCUUCUCGAUACAAUAUUCAUUUAGAAGGUUAUAGCACAACGUGAAAUAUCGUCAAAAUUGGAUAUUCAUUAUUUUUGAACACAAAUAGAGAUAUACAUGAUGCAAUGAGGAUUAUAAAUGUGAGUACCACCUUGGGGUACAACGUGUCUACGGACCCGACUUAUCCCAGUAACAUUACAGAGGAAAUUUGGCGUGGCAGUCAACCAUGGACUACGGGCGGAAGGUCGGAAAUAAAUUCAACAAAGUUACACGAACAUGUCCUAUUCAACACAACACUCUCCAAUAUAAGCAUGAUAACGACGGCGAUCUACACCCAAAAUAUGCAAGAUAAGAAAGACUUUGGUGAGCCACGGUCGGCUGCCUCUACCUUAUUAUUGCCGUCCUUAUUUGGCAUCUUCGUUAUGUUUUCGUUGAUUCUUGUAACAAUCUGCGCACGUAGACAGCGAAAGAACAUAUUGUCGCAAUGGCGGAAGGAACAACUUGGGAGUUACACGCGGGGCAUGGGCUGGACUGCAUAUACACCAAAUACACAGAGCUCACCGGGAUCCACAGUUAAAUUACCAAAACCCAAUCACACAUCAAGUCACCCACUGGCAGAUAGCGCCAAACGUUACUUGAAUUCCAUGAUAAAGAAAACAUCAGGAAGGAACCACGGGCGUACUCAAUCGGAUGGGGAGAUGAACUCUCCUCGUCCGGGGCACUCUGGGCAAUCAACCCCGCUGCAAACGCCAAAGCUUUCAUUGCCUCAAGAUAACAGUACGAUGUCCACUAAUGUUUAAUCUGAGAUAAUCCCAUGUAUCAUGAAUUAACGUUCAACCCCUGUGCAACCAAUCAGAUUCAGAGCGGAUUUAAGUCCAGAGCGAGCUUGAAAUGAAUUGUGGAUAAUUUCAAACACGAAUGUCUUGUAUCCAGAUGAGGGCAGUAGCUCGUAUUCAAAAAUAUAGGAUACAAAACACGAGCAUUAAUUGAGUCAUGUGCUUUAUGCUAUUUAUAGUCUUUCAUUCAACUGCAAAUUUGAACCUAUGAAAUUCGUGAAGAGGGUAACCAAUUUAACUGAAUCUAAAAGCAUAGCCAUUUACUCUGCUUUAAAAUAAAGAAUGCAUAUCAUUUCAA